CAAAGUGGAAAUCUUCCCCACAUGCCAUGUUCUUAGUUAUUUUAAGUUCUAGAUAAUAAACCAUAAUCUAUCAUAAAAAUUGGAUUGGACUACAAAUUACUGUCUAUGGAAACACAAAAGAUAACAAAAAAGCCAAGGAAAGACUUAACUGUGCACAUCUGAAGAUAAACUAAAAACUUUAGGUUUUGAUUAAGUCCUACAGAAACUGGGUUAAAGGGUAGAUUGUUCUGACAUCACCUUCCUUGAACUCAAAACACUCACCUGCUAACUUUACCGGUGUACAAAGGAAAGUAGCUCUGAGUUCCAAAACUACUUUUAAUGCCUAUAGACCACUGCUAACAUGGAUUGUCUUUACACUUUGAUUACAGGGAAGCAAGCUAAAAGAAAAAACUGGAGCUAACUCCCUGUGUUGCAAGAGAGGUAAAGAACGAAGAAAAAACUGAGCACAAGAAUCAUGAGAGAUCGCCUCCAGGAGCUUAAACUCCGAGCCAAAGAACUACAUAUGGCUGGAGAAAAUAACUGUCCACCUGUACGAGAUGAGCAGGAAGAGUUUGAACAGCAGGCCAUUAUUUAUGAAAGGGAGCCUAUAACCGAAAGGCACUUCCAUGAAAUCCAGAAGCUUCAAAACGAGAUCAAUAAUUUGGUGGAGGAAGUUCAAAAAUUCAGUCAACAACAAAAAAGUCUGGUAUCUUCAAUGAGAAGGUUCAGUGUUCUUAAAAAAGAAUCUAACACAGCAAGAGAAAUAAAAAUUCAAGCAGAGCAUAUACGAAAAGGUUUGGAUGAACUGUCAAAAACAGUGAAAAAAGUUGAAAGUGAAUAUGGGUUAUCACGUGCCAUAGUAAGAAUUCUGGCUUCCCAGCACACUUUCCUGUCCCGGUGUUACCUAAAUGCUAUGCUUUCGUACAAUGAGGCUAUAACAGCCAAACAAGAGAAAUGCAGAAGAUUUAUUGUUCGUCAGCUUGAAGUAGCUGGUAAAGAGGUAUCUGAGGACGAAGUCAACGAUAUGUUCCAACAAGGAAAAUGGGAGAUUUUCAAUGAGAAUCUACUCACUGAAGCCAAAAUUACUAAAGCUCAGCUUUCAGAGAUCGAACAGAGACACAAAGAACUGAUCAGCCUAGAGAGUCAGAUCAAAGAUUUGAAGGAACUUUUCAUCCAGAUAUCGGUUCUGGUUGAAGAGCAGGGGGAGGUCAUCAACAACAUUGAAAUCAGUAUGAACAACACUCAAGAAUACACCCAAAUAUCUAGAGAAAAAUUUGGACUUGCAGUCAGGUAUCGAAAAAGAAACCCUUGCAAAGUAAUAUGCUGCUGGUGUUGCCCAUGCUGCAAGUGACAAAGAAAACAACCUUCAUAAGUAGCAGCAGCUCUUAUGCAGGAAACUGAACUUAUCAAUCAAUCCCAGGAUUCUUUUAUUGCUUCAUUUUUCUUCCUUUUUCCCCUUCCACACUUCCACUGAGGAAAAAUUGCACCUGUUUUUCCAAACUGAGUUCAAAGAUUGAAAUGAGAUCUCCACCUGUGCCUAAUUUUUAUGGUUUCCACCGAAACACAUAAAGUAGAGGAAAAGAUCAAAGGAGACAAAUAACACUUUCUUGUUCUUCCACUCAUAAGAAGCAUCAACAAAAUGUGUCAACAUGCCAUAUGUGCUUCUGGGAAACACCAAAUUAUUGUAAAUUUCAGACAGAAUUCAGAAGACCGGCUGAAUUACCUUUUAUAAAAUAAUAAUUAGUAUUCUUUCAAUUUCAAUUGCUGUUUGUUUUUUUUGUUUGUUUGGAUUGUUUUGUUGUUGUUGUUGUUCUUGUUUGUACAAGUGCUCAUAUUUACUUGGUUCAGAUUUCAUUUUUUCCUCCCCAAGAACUUGAAGUACAAAUAAAAGUAACAGAAAGCAGGUAAUCUCAGUAACAAUCGAGAAACUGAUGCAUAAACAUUUCUGACUUCUUGUUUGGUUAUCAAAACUACAUAUCACCACCUGUCUGAGAACUGUGCUCCAUUUUCUCUGCACCUCCCUGUUACGUAGUGGUAGAAUUUCCCACCUUGGUUUCUUCCUACUUCUGAGCAAAUGCAGAUCUCUUGCAUCUCCUCACAUCACACAUUCCAGCAACAUUUCAGAUUCAGUGCAGUAUAAUCAACAUUUGCCUUCGCUGUCCUUCUUGUAGUGAGGCAAGACAUUUAUUUGUACUGCUAAAGGAGUGGUUAGAAGAAGUAGAUGAGGAUCUCUAGAACACUAAAUAGUCCUAUGAAAUUCUGUUAUUUUGUAUAAACCUAGUAUAUCCUAAUUUAAGAAUGUAUAAGUGCCUGAAUUAAUAAAAAUUAAUACCUUUCCUUAGUACCUGAAAUGAACAUGGAAUACAAGAGGACAAUAUGGUAUGUACUGAGUUAACUGUAUCAAUCACCAUUUUGGUUUCCCUUUUAAAGCUUUAAAUUGCAGUCUAGUUUAACUAUUCUAGAUUACAUAUGCCAGACACUCUACAUUGCAGAUUAACCAGAGCGUGUUCAGCUGCUACCUCUUCAGGCCUGAAGGACAUGCAAUGAAAUCCAGACCAAAGAUGCUAGCAAGGAUUACAUAAGAAUCAAACUCUCAUUAAUUUUUUGUAUCAGCUUCUUUGAGUCAUAUUGAUGUCUCCACACCCUUCAGAUUUUAAUUGCAUCAAGGUAUUAACAACACUUGCUGUUUCACAAUUUUCUCUAUUUACUUUUUAUUUCCCUUGUAUCUUUCUUUUCACUUUAGUUUCUCAGGUUCCCACCCUUAAUAGCGCCAUUUCCAUCCAAAAAAUGUAGGUGUUUACACAUCCCCAAUAGUUACAUAUAUUUCUGUGCACAAAUAAGUGUAUUU